AUGGGCGGGGAAGGGAUUGAGGUGGUGAGGGAGGUGAGGCUACUCGGACUUAUAAUUGACGAGAGCCUCACCUUCAACACCCACGUCAAAACCACAUGCGCAAAGGCCUACCGGAUACUUCAGGCAGUUGGCAAGAGCGGCCAAAACCAGCUGGGGCCUGGACACAUCGAUCAUCAGGACAAUCUAUACUGCAGUGAUAGAACCAGUCCUGAUGUAUGCCGCGGGUGCUUGGGGGCAGGCAACGCGGACAUAGCAACAAAGACCAAACCGACAGAACUUCCACACCCAGCCGACGAGCCGCGUCUGUCGUUCGAACACUACAAGACAGAACUCAGACUAGACGAACAGGCAGACGCGACUAACAUUUAUACUGACGGAAGCAAGACCGACGACGGGGUGGGAGCAGCAGUUGUCUUGCGACGACUCGACAGAGAGCUCAAGACCGUGAAGAUCAAACUGGCGACGUACUGCACCGUCUUCCAGGCUGAGAUGGUGGCGCUGCACAAGGCAAUACAAAUGGCGACGAAAGUCAUUAGUCCCAAAGUAAACCUGUGCAGCGACUCCAGGUCAGCCUUGGAGGACAUAGUGAGCGGUCGCUCCCUCAAUCCCCUUGUGGUGCAAACCAGAAAGACCCUCAAGGACCUCUCCAAUUAUAAGGAAGUGAGGCUCUUCUGGAUAAAGGCACAUGUGGGCCACGAGGGGAAUGAGAGAGCUGACCAGCUCGCUAAAGAGGCCGCGACUGACAGGAAAAGAAAACCCGACUUUGACAAAUGUCCAGUCUCGACCAUUAAAAGACUACUAAGGGCGGACUCUGUGCGACGGUGGGAGGAGGAAUAUGACGGAGGGCACAACAGCCUCAACCACAAAAAUCUUCCUCCCAACCGUUGCAUCCGCGAAUAA